GUUUCAGCUGGAUCUAUUGGAACACCAUCCCUCACAAAAGCUGGUUCUCUCAUGGCCUAGCUUUUACUUCCGUAACCUUCGCCCGUAUUUUUUUCAGUUGCAAUGGUGAUGGAAAGACUACUGCGAAAGUUCAACGGUAAUCCGGUUACGAAGAAGAAGUACAAUAGCUCACCACAUGGAUCCUAUCCACUUUACACAUUCGGCGCCCCCCUGAAAGAUGUGAUCGACCGAGACAAAUCAGAAAUACCCUUGAUUGUAACCAACGUAUUCGACUUUUUGAUCAAUCAUCGUGGUCUCGAAGCGGAAGGGGUGUUUCGUGUGAAUGGAAAUUCCCGGACGGUGGAUAUUUUAAAACACCUUAUUGAUGAGAACGGCUCACAUUGGUCUUUGUCCGAGCUCUCAGAGAUGGCCACAGAACUGGAGCGUUCAGUAGACGUGUAUUCCGUGGCUAGUCUCUUGAAAUUAUACCUCAGAGAACUCCCUGACGGAUUAAUCCCGGCUAGAGUAACUCCAUCCUUUCUUGAGGUGUUCCAAGGAAAUAAGGAAGACAAGCAGAAAUGCUUGUAUCAAUUGGAACGCUUGAUAGGCCGCCUGCCAGUUGCCAAUUACACACUUUUACAACAUUUGUGCCAAUUCCUUCAUACAGUCUGGACUCAUCGCGAAGUGAAUAAAAUGUCCGUGGAGGCUCUCGGGAUCGUGUUCGGACCGAACGUUUUCCAAUUACACAGAGAUUCUGAGGGUAUACACGAACAAGGCGCUGUGAAUCGAAUCAUGACUCUUUUGAUCGAAAACUCCGGCUACUUUUUUCGCAUGACCGCUCCAAGUUUUGCCAAUGUCACAUCGGAUAUAGUUGCCACCGAUCGGCUGUUACAUCCGAUUUCCGAUGUGAAAAAUCCCAAAAAAUCAAGGUCAGUUCUUACACGAGUGUGUUCGACACAGUAUUCUGAUGGUCGUUUCUGCUCACCUGAUCAUUCUGAAUUCCGGUACCGACAAGCAGCUGACCUCGACGGUUUACUUAAUGAUACACCUUUUGAUCACAGCUGCGGUUCUCAAUGGGGUUAUAUUAGAGUGGCCCAGUCUCGCUUACUUACUGUGCAAUGGCAUCAUUGUUGA